CGUGCAGCUCAUUGGGUUUCAUCGACGCGGAGCUGCUGCACUUUCACUCUGCUGGCAGACGCGCAGGACGGGCAGUGUGUUGCUGCUGCUUCUGACAACACGGCUCUAAAAUCAGUCAUUUAUUUUCCUUCCAAUCGCGCUGGAACAGUCUGGCAUUCCUUCAGUGCUCCACCGGAGGAUGCGCAUCUGGAUCGGAGAGAGUGCUGAGGUUCUCCCCGUCUUUCAUCCCGCGCAGAGGAAGUUAUACCAUCGGUUGAGCGCAAGCACUCGGGGUAUUUUUUGGAGAAAAUGGCAGGCGCGAAGUGCCUUCUGAAAACACCGAGUAACUUCCAGUCGUCUGCCAUGUUUGAAGGAUCCGAGUCUGGUGAGGUGGAUGGAGGCAGGACAGAAAGCACGGUUGCUUCAUCCAUCAGCGCCUGCAAGAAGGUUCUGUGCAGCAACAGUGUCCUGGACUCAUCCGAGUACUGGCUGAAGAACGAAAAGACUCUGUGCAGACUGAGCUUGCUGGAUGAUGAUGCAGAUAGCAGCUGCACCCUGAUCUGUUUUGUGAAUCUGGACCCUCAAAAAACUAAUUGUCGAGACGAUAAAAACAACAAGAAAUUGGCAUCAGUGUCUCCAGACCUGCCAAAGCUUGUUGAAUUACUGACCAUCCACCAGCCCAAAGAAAAUGAGAUCCUACUGCUCGGUGGCCUGGAAACGUCAGAAAUAUGCCAAACACACCCACACUCCCCCCUGCAGGGUGGGCAGCGUACAGGUGUGUGCUUGCUUCCAUGUUCAGGGAAGAGGCACUCGACCCCUCCUGCCAGCAUCAUCUUUGAGAUCAACAAAUUUCUGAUUGGUAUGCAGUGGGGAAAGGAGCAACAGCUGCAGCACGGCCAAACUACUGGACAAAAGGUUGAUGAUGACACCAAUCGUUCAAUCUCGUCAAUUGAAGAGGACUUCCAAACGGCAUCAGAACACCUGGGAGAGGAUAGUGAAGAUGAUGGCUUAAGAAACGAACCAGUGAGUGGUGACGUGGGGAACAGCUCAGUUGAAGCUGCACAGAACCACUGUGUCAGACAUUCGUGUCACAGGGGACAGCUUGCUCGUCAUCACAGCCAAGAUGAUAGUGACGUGAAAAGGGAGGGACUUCCAAGUGCAAGUGUUCAUACAAAAGAAUCUGCUGGCCACUACGCAACCAAUCUAGCUGAGUCGGUAUUGCAAGAUGCCUUCAUACGACUCUCUCAAGAUGAAACUUCCUUUGUCCCUGAGGCAGCAAUCAGUGUGUCCCUCUCUAGUUGUUCUUCCAACAGAUCUUCAAAGACCAAGCAGCCAUCAAAACAACGGACCUGCUCUUUUGAACUACCCAAAAUUGUAAUAGUUCAGAGCCCAGACAAUUCAGAUGGAGCAGCAGAAUGGUCAGAGACACAACCAUCAGACAGGCAUGAUCACAAUAUUCCUGCCAAGGUAGAGGAAGUGCCUGAGACUGGGAUGCAGGGUCCAACUUCUCAACACAGCAGUGGACACAAACAUGUUGAAAUGGCUUUGGCCUGUGCGGCGAGUGUUAUUGGCACCAUUUCUUCCCCACAACUGACUGAAAAGCUUACUCGUGAAUCUGCUUCAGUAGAGGUAACAGAGGAGGAGCUGCAGCAAGUAAAGGAGAGAAGUGACUAUUCUGUGUCCUCAGCUAUGUGUGGCAUGGCACAAGUAGUCGGAGCAGUAGCAGCUGUAGAGUUAGCUGAGGACUUAGUUGGAGAUGGUGAUUCUGAUGUAGAUUCCUCUGAGGUCUACACAGCCUCCCAUGGUCUGAUGUCUGCAGCCAAGGCUUCCAUAGCCUUCCCUCUGCACUGCAGUGUGGCAGCAGGAACAAGUGUGGAAGCAUUCAGAGCUAACAUUGCUGAGGUUUUGCACAGGGAAGCAGCAGAGGUCCUGACUCAACCACAAGGCUACAAGAGUGUGGCACACUUGCUAGAGAGAACACAUAACAAGAUAGUGGAUGGCAUUACAUGUCCCAAAAAGUGCUGUAUGGAUGAGAGUGGGGUGGACGACCUAAUAAAUGAGGUUGCUGACAGUCUAUUCAAACAUGCUUUAGAGAAGGCCAAAAAGAAAAAGGAACUGGAGGGUGCUGGAAAAGAUGCCCCCAGCCUCCAGGUCUUUCUUCAGGACAGCGUAAACAACUUGCUAUUUGAUAUUCUCUGCUUGACCCAAAAGAAGAUCAGUCACAUUUCUGAAGGUGACCAGAGGUCAGAGGAAGCACAGAAGAUUGACAUUUGUCCUCUAAAACCUGAUGCUGCAAAGGAAAGCAAGGAUCCAUUAAGUCAGCUGAAGAGCUUGGUUGGCAUGAGUCAUUCCACUAACAGUGAGAACCUGUUCCACUGUACAGAGAGGUUUUCCGUGGUCACAGGAAUGAAGCAGAAAUAUGUCCCUGAAGAAGGAGAUGUAGUGGCUUCUUCCACUACACCACACUUUAAAGAACAACAGCUGCAAUCUCAACGCAGACAAAGUCAGCCUAAACCUAGAGAUUUGCCUGAUCAGCAGCAGAACAAUGUUGUCAUCAGAGAAGCUUUAGGUGAAAUACCAUCUCACUGCACAGAAAGGAAGGAUCGAAUAAUGAUGGGCAGUGACAGCAAACAAACAUCUCUAGUUUCACAGUCCUCCCUCAACUCCUGCAGCUCCCUUCUCUCAUUGAGAAUGGAUUCUGACUCUAAGGCACCUAUCACUUGUUAUGCUGAGGAUUUAGCUGCCACAGUGGUGUCAAUGGCUACAGAACUGGCAGCCAUUUGUCUUGAAAAUUCCACAGGGAAACAGCCUUGGUUUUGUGCCCUUAAUGGGACAUCAACUGAAGUACCAGAGACUUACUUGAUGCCAACUUGCCGUACAGUUUUAAGGAGGAAGGAGUCUCAAAGCAGCAAUGUGGCCUCUAGAAAACACCGGGCACCCCGACUCAGCGAGAUCAAAAGAAAAACAGAGGAACAGCCAGAACUAAUGGAGAGACUAGUUAACCGGGUGGUGGAUGAAUCUGUCAACCUAGAUGAACCACAAGACCCAUUUGCCCUCUUUGCCUCAGAAGUCACAGCUAGAAUCAUGAAUUGCCCUGAACUCAACGUGGUGGACACCUCCAAGUCAGGCCAGCAGCGCAGCAGAUUACAGUGUGAAAAGUGGAGUCGUGGAAAGGCAUCUAGUUAUGAGAGCAUUCCAGAAGAAGACACAGACCCCUCAGGUGCACCAAACACCCUGGGCCCUGGAAGUCGGUUAGGUCAGAACUUAAGCCGUGGCAGCUCCAUUUCUAAGCAGUCCAGCUGUGAGAGCAUCACAGAUGAAUUCUCACGGUUCAUGGUAAACCAAAUGGAAACUGAGGGCAGAGGUUUUGACCUUCUGCUGGAUUACUAUGCAGGGAAGAAUGCCAGCACCAUCCUAGCAGCAGCUGUGCAGCAGGCUGCAACAAAGAAAAAUGGUCACCUUAAUGUCAGAGCCUCCUCCUGUUUAUCUAAGCAGUCUAGCACAGAAAGCAUCACAGAGGAAUUCUACCGCUUCAUGCUCCGGGACAUGGACAAGGAGAACAAAGAAUGUGGCAUUGCCAAAACUAAAGAAUGGAGCAACAGUCUUUUCCCUCCUACUCCUAGAACACCUUUCUGUAUACGGCAGUCUUCUGUCCCAGACCGGCGGUCCUCAGACUCGAGGUUGACAGUCAACUCUCCCAUAAAAGCCAACUCUUUUGAUGGAUUUGCCCGCAAUGUAUAUGGAGACACUCUAAAUAUCUAUCCAACCAACUCAGUAUCAGCAACAGGAUUGUGUAAGUCAGACUCCUGCCUCUAUCAAAGGGGCAAGACUGAUCAGAUUACUGAUGUGCUUAUCCAUGAGACCUGGUCAAGCUCCAUUGAGUCCUUAAUGAGAAAGAACAAGAUCAUUGCUGAUCCAGAGGACAGUAUUGAGUUGGAGGCUGCAGGAGACUCCCAGCCUCAUGUGCAGCAAUUUGCCAAUCGAUUGGCAGCUGACAUUGUGGAUAUUGGUAAGUCUGCACUUGGAGGACAGCAAGAUGUAACUGGAAUAAUGGCUGGGUCACACACCCAGCCGCAUACACCCGUUGUUGAGAGGAGAAGAGGCUUUAAACAGUCUCAUCUGGCUUGCAGUCGAAGUCGAACCAGCCAGGAGCAAUCUGGGUCUGGCAUGGGGUCUGGAAGUUGUGAUAGCAAUACUUCUUGCACCAGGGGUCCAAGAGAUGUGCCACUCAUCCACAUUGAGGGAGAUCAAAGGGUUGAAGAGACUCUUUCAAAGCCUGAAAGGACAGGACCCCAGGAAACAUCUGUUGAGGUCAUGCGAAUGGAGAUGCCUAUUGCCAGCAGCAGCAGCAGUGAGAGGGACAGACCAGCUGUGGCGGUGGCUGCAGUAGUGAAGAGGGACAAGCGUUCAAUGAGUGCUAGCAGUGAAGAGAGCAUGGGGAGCUGGUCUCAUAUAACCCCUGAAGAUGACCCCCACGAGGAGACCAGUAGUUUUAUCCAGCUGAGUGAGGGGAAUGGGACAAGCAGUGCUUCUAGCCUUGGCUUGGCAGACCUGGAUGCUUUUUCUGAUGUUCCUUCUCAAAGCACAGUGAUCAGUGAGGAGACAAAGAAAGGCCACGUGGAGGGAACUAAAGUCAGCGCUUUAGAGAGCUCUUCCGGAAGUUCUGCAGGUGGCGGCAGUAACCUCAGGCAGCUUUUAGUAGUAAACUGUGACCUGGAGCAAGAAUGUGAGGACUCUGAGCUCAGAGUGGCUCUGCAGUGGAUUGCUGCCUCUGAAUUGGGGCUUCCUGCUCUCUACUUCAGAAAGUCAAAGGAGAAAAGGUCAACAAAGUUUCAGAGGGUGGUCCACCUGAUGGCCCAGAAGGCAUGGCGGAUUGCUGACUUGUUCAGCGCUGUGGUUCAGUUCUGUAAGCUACACAAGACCAAGGAAGAGCCAGACAGGUCUCUUCGUGCCAGCCUCUUUGACUGGCUUUUGGAAACCCUUUAGGACAAACUGACCUCAUCUUACUGCAAACAGCAACACAUCAUCGCCUGUUAUCGUUGGUCUGCAAUGAGUUUGUUACUGUUUGCCCCAUUCUGUCUCAUCUCUGUGUCUGUUAUUGUAAUCAGGAAACACCUUUUUUCUCCUGGACUGAGAAAGUCUCCUGUGGUUCUCCAAAUUGGUUUGCCAGUUUACAGGUGGAAUUUGACCAGCUUCCCUUUAAUUCCAACAAAUUUUGUUUUACAUUUUAUCUCUCAUGCGAGUUGCCUACACAGUUGAAGCCAACAAUACCAGCUGAACAUUUCUGGCGGAAGCCAACUUUCAAGAUCUUUAUUUAUUUUUUUUAAAGUAAGCAUGCUUUAACAGCACCAAAAAAUAUAUAAAAAUAAAGUAUUGUAAAAAAAAAAAA